CCUGUCAUCCUGAACACAGUGAUGACCAUCACGGCAGCCAUGACGGCGAAACCCAAAGACGAGGCAGCAGAGGAGGAGAAGACUGAGGUCGGCAACCUGUGGUCCACCAUGAACAUCUACGCCUGCAACUACUGGUUCCUGGGAGUGGACUCUGCCAGCGAGGUGACGGAGAGAUUCAGUGACCAGGACGGCCGUAACUUUGGGGAGAGUUUCGAGGUGGACGUGAAGGUCAUUCAGGUGACCCUGGAGUCUGGUCUGGGCCACAGGACGGUCCCUCUGCUGCUGGCUGAGAGCUCUCUGUCUGGGACGGCCAAGAACUGGUCCUCCCUCCUCCACCUCUGCUCUGACAUGACCCUGGAGGUGAACUACUUCAAUGAGACCCAUGCUGUCUGGGAACCGCUGAUAGAGAGAGUGGAGGACGGCAAACGCAGGUGGAACCUCAAGCUAGAGAUGAAGAACAACCCCGUGCAGGAUAAGAGCCCUGUUCCCGGGGAUGACUUCGUGGUUCUCCCCGAGCCACGCACCGCCAUCAACAUCUGUUCCAAAGACACCAUGAACAUUACCGUCUCUAAGUGCUGCCUCAAUGUAUUAACCAACCUGGCCAAGGCAUUCUCUGAGGGCACAGCCUCUACCUUUGACCACAGUCUGAAGGAGAAGGCCCCCUUCACCAUCCGCUACCUGCGCUGGGCAUCCACUCUCACCUGCAGCACAGUCCAACCUCGGGCCACUGGCCUCCCUGGGCAGGGCAAGCUCCACUAG